AUGGAGGCGAUUUUGGAUUUCAGCAAAGAUCUAGACGUUGCCCUUUUGGACAAAGUGGUCGAGACGUUCUAUUCCGGAUCUGGUGAUGAGAGGAAGAAGGCCCAGGAUGUAAUAACCGAGUUCCAGAAUCACCCUGAUGCCUGGACCAAAGCCGACCAGAUCCUACAACUAUCGCAGGAUUCCCAGUCCAAGUAUAUUGCGCUUUCCAUUUUAGACAAGUUGAUCCAGACCAAGUGGAAGAUGCUUCCGGAUGAACAAAGACUUGGUAUCAGGAAUUUUGUGGCUGGAAUGAUCAUCACCAUGUGUCAGGACGAUGCCCAAUUCACAUCUCAGCGGGCCCUGAUCAAUAAGUGUGAUCUUACAUUGGUUCAGAUCACUAAGCAAGAAUGGCCAGGGAACUGGCCAACGUUUAUUCCGGAGAUUGUUCAAUCCAGUGGGUCUGGCUUCAAUGUUUGCGAGAACAACAUGGUCAUCUUGAAGCUGCUGUCUGAAGAGAUUUUUGACUUUUCUGCAGAGCAGAUGACACAAGCCAAGGCAACUGCCCUCAAAUCGAGUUUGGGAGGAGAGUUUACCGAGAUAUUCAAACUCUGUUUUGAAGUGUUGGACAAAUCCCCCAAGCCCUCACUGAUACUGUCUACCUUGAACUGCUUGCUGAAAUAUCUUCCUUGGAUCCCGCUGGGUUUCAUCUUCGAGACAGACCUGCUGAGCCUGCUGUCGACCAAGUUUUUACCUGUGAAUGAGUUCAAGUCAGUCACUUUGAAGUGUCUCACUGAAGUUUCCUCUCUGGUGGCUCCUCAGUAUGACAACAAGUUCUUGGCCAUGUUCAAGGAAUCCACACAAAGCAUCAUGAACUUGAUUCCUGUAAACAUUGACAUCAAGAAAACUUACAAGUACGCAAACUCUGAGGACCAAUCAUUUCUCCAGGAUCUGGCUAUGUUCUUCGUCACCUUCUUGACCAACCAUCUGCUGCCCCUGGAACAGGACGAGAGUCUGAGGGAAUUGCUGUUGAUUGCACAUGAGUAUCUUAUCAACCUUUCCAAAGUUGAGGAGCGUGAGCUCUUUAAAACGUGUCUGGACUACUGGAGUAAAUUGGUGAGCGGACUGUUUGCUGAGAUCCAGAAGCUUCCGGCUGCUGAGUUCAGCCCCUUGAUCCAGCUCUCAUACGGCAGCACCAUGAGCAACAUAGCCGCAGGUGGAGCGCCGAACCCCGAAGUUCUCAAGAAGUUCCCCCUUAGAAAGCACAUUUAUGACAAGGUGAUGACCCAGCUGAGAUUCGUUAUGAUAGAGAGCAUGGUGAGGCCCGAGGAAGUGCUCAUUGUGGAGAAUGAUGAAGGGGAGAUUGUGAGAGAGUUCGUUAAGGAGAGUGAUACAAUCCAGCUUUACAAGUCUAUGAGGGAGGUUCUUGUUUACCUGACACAUUUGGAUGUGAUUAACACAGAAGCUAUCAUGACCGAGAAACUUGCCAGACAAAUAGACGGUUCGGAAUGGUCGUGGCACAACAUUAAUACUCUGUGUUGGGCGAUUGGUUCUAUUUCGGGUACCAUGAACGAGGAAAUGGAGAAGAGGUUUUUGGUCACAGUUAUCAAAGAUCUGCUGGCUUUGACUGAGAUGAAGCGUGGAAAGGACAACAAGGCCGUUGUUGCUUCCAACAUCAUGUAUAUCGUGGGCCAAUACCCAAGAUUUCUCAAAGCUCACUGGAAGUUCCUGAAGACUGUGGUCAACAAGUUGUUCGAGUUCAUGCACGAAACCCAUGAGGGUGUUCAAGACAUGGCCUGCGAUACCUUUAUCAAGAUUGCCCAGAAGUGUAACAGACACUUUGUUGUGCAACAAUCCGGCGAGUCUGAACCUUUCAUAGAUGAGAUUGUGCGUACAAUUGAAAUCAUCACCAAUGACCUCCAACCACAGCAAGUUCACACUUUCUACGAAGCUUGUGGCACCAUCAUUGCAGCUCAGAACUCACCACCAAAGAGGGACAGAUUGCUACACGAUCUGAUGCAGUUGCCAAACGUUGCCUGGGAUGCCGUGGUGAAGCAAUCCAGAGACGAGCCAGACCUUCUGAGCAAGCCAGAAAUUGUUAGAAUUUUAGCCAACAUCAUAAAGACCAAUGUUGCUGUUUGCACGCCAUUGGGGCCAGGCUUCUACGCUCAGCUCGGACUGAUAUAUGUCGAUAUGCUCUCCCUGUACACUGCUGUCAGUGGGAUGAUAUCCAAUGCAGUAGCAUCAGAUGGAAUCAUUGCCACAAAGACUCCAAAGGUGAGAGGCUUGAGAACCAUCAAGAAGGAAGUACUGCAUCUUGUGGAAACCUAUGUCUCCAAGGCUAACAACCAGGAAGAGAUCGUAAGGGAUCUCGUGGGACCAUUGCUUGCUGCCGUUCUGGAAGACUACAGAACGAAUGUUCCGGAUGCUCGUGAUGCCGAGGUGCUCAAUUGUAUGUGUACUUUGGUGGAUAAGGUUGGUGAUUUGAUUCCAGAGCAAAUUGGCACAAUUCUCGCUAACGUAUUUUCCGUUACUUUGGACAUGAUCAACAAAGAUCUCACUGAAUAUCCCGAACAUAGAGUUGAGUUCUACAAGUUACUGAGAGAGAUCAACCUCAAAAGUUUCGAAGCUCUUUCGAGAUUCCCAGCAGAGGCCUUCCAAUCCUUUGUCGAUGCCAUUCUAUGGGCUUUCAAGCACAACAACAGAGACGUGGAAAACACUGGUCUCACUCUGUGUAUCGAAUUGCUCAAGAACAUCGAGGACUUGGGAACAAACCCAUUCACCACUGGUUUCUACCAGACCUUCUACUUCCCAAUACUCAGUGAUACGUUCUUCGUUUUAACUGAUUCAGACCACAAGGCUGGCUUCAAACAGCAGGCCCAAUUGAUUGGCAAACUUGUGGGCUUGGUGGAAGCCAAUGUGAUCAAGGAGCCAAUCUAUCCUCCUGGCUCUGCACCUGCAGGCACUUCCAACUCCGUCUUUUUGCGUGAGUAUCUUGCCAACAUGCUGAAAAAUGCCUUCCCACACCUUCAGGAGACCCAGAUCACAAAUUUCAUCACUGCGCUACUGUCGUCGUACAAUGCACUUGUCAAGUUUAGAGGAAUCCUGCGUGACUUCUUGGUACAGAUCAAGCAGUACGGUGGUGACCCAACUGACUAUCUCUUUGCCGAAGACCGUGAAAAGGAAUUGCUAGAGAAACAGCAAGAGGAGAAAGAGAAGGCCAGAUUGGUUGGAGGGUUGUUAAAACCUUCGGAAAUGGAUGACUAA